UUCCUCUUGCUUUUCCUCUCUCUCUCUCUCUCUCUCUCUCUCUCGUUAAAUCUUGCAUUAAAGAUUUCUUUCAGUUGAGUGAUAAAAGUUAUUUAAUAAUUCAAUCUUUGAAAGGUCUUCCUUUCUCCUUUUCGUCAAAGUCUUCUUCAGCUUUGAAAAAACAUUGGUGUGUUUACUUUUAGACAAACUGUGUGUUCAACUUUUGUGUGUGUGUGUGUGUGUCCACUAGAAGCAGGAAUCUGAAAAAGGUGGGGGAUCAUCAUUGGGAGGGAGCUAACAAGAGUUUUGUUUCUGUGGGUUAUCUUCACCUUUUUUUCUCUUCUGGUUUCUUGUGCUGAGCAUUAAUGGGGGAUAUGCAAGUUGGUGUUGUUGCCAAUAUUGACGAUAAGGGCUGUUAUGGCAUGAUGGAGGAUAAACCGGUGGUGGCUACAUCGAACCCAACCCUGCAAGUGUCGGUUUCAUUCGGGAGGUUUGAGAAUGAUUCACUUUCAUGGGAGAAGUUCUCUGCUUUCUCUCCGAACAAGUACUUGGAGGAAGUUGGAAAGUGUGCUACUCCAGGCUCCGUAGCUCAGAAGAAGGCUUAUUUCGAAGCUCAUUACAAGAAGAUCGCUGAGAGGAAAGCUGAGAUCAUGGAUAAUCAGGAGAAACAACAAAUGGAGGACAACAAGAAGAACGCUUCUUUUAGAUCGGUCGUUACAGACCAGGGGAGUCUGGAAGGUGAAGUUGGCGGGUCUGUGGUUGAUACUGAAGAAGAUAAGCAUGUGACUGACAUUGCUGCUCAAGUGAAGGAGCUGAGUGUUAAUGAAGAAACAAUCAUUGUCAAGGAAUGUCAAAGCUCUGUUGAUGAGGUGAAAGAAGAAGUCAAAGACAGUCCAAGAUUGGAGAAACCAGAAGAGUGUCCUCUUGUGGAGGAGGAGAAACCAGAAGUGGUCGACCAUAUGCAGGAGAAACCAGAAGAGGUUGUACAAAUAGACGAGAAAGAAAAGACAGAAGUAAGAGAAGACGUGACAGAGAACAUUCUAUGCAAUGACACUACUGGCAAUGCGGAUGAAACACCAAAGAAGGAGAUGGAGGAAGAGAAACCCCAAAAACUAAUCAAGAAGGGUGGAAACGUGGGGAUCAAUCGUACCAGAAACUCUCCCAAGCCUGAGCAGGUGAGGACAAAACCGACAGCUAACAAGAUUGCAACAAGCAAGAAAACUCCACCGAGCAAGGAGAUCAAAAACAUGGUGAAACCAACAAAGAAACCAGCAGCACCUAUCACAAAAGCAGCCCCACCAGGGUUUUCAACUCCGAGAGUGUACAAGCCAGCUUCGAAAGCCACUUCACUGUCUACUUCCCAGUCUUCUGUAAAGAAGGAGAAUGCCUCUUCUCUACUGGGAAACAAACAAACCGCUCCAAAGUCAUUGCAUAUGUCUAUGAGUCUUGGUCCAUCAUCUGCCUCUGAUCCUAGUGCUCUUACAAGCACUAGAAAAUCGUUGAUCAUGGAGCGUAUGGGAGAUAAAGACAUUGUCAAACGUGCGUUUAAGUCAUUUCAAAAAAGUUAUGACCUCGAAACUUCUGUCCAAGAGCAAAAGCAGAUUCCAGCAAAGGCUACUACUAUUCCGUCAGUAGCUACACGGCAGAAGGAAAAUGGCAGGCAUGCAAAAGCAAGUGGCAUGGAGAAGAGAAGUAGUACUAGCGCUCAUGGUUAUUCUGCGUCUCGUGGGUUGAAAAGCAAUGCGGCAGCUGAGAAACAACAAAAAGAGCUUUCCAAAUCUGGCGCAAGACCUAUAGACAAGACACGCUUGCAGAAGAACCCAAAGGCUGGAGUGGUUGAUGCCAAGACAAAGAGGGAGUCUCUGACUCCGAAAGCAAAACCAGUACGUACCUUACCAAAAGUCUCUUCAGAGAAGAUGUUAUGAUAGCUAUAUCCGUCCUGUUAUAGUGUGAUCUUUGCCACCAAUGUUGUUUGUUUCAUUAGUCUUGAGGUGCAGAAUCAAUUUAUACUUUUGUUAUAUAGAGGAGUCUCUAGUAUCAUGUAAUAAGCGAGCCUAAUGUUAAAAUAUCCCUGAGGGGAUGAUGAAUAGUUAUAUCUUAAAUUCA